ACGUGAGUGGCAUUUAUGUACAUUUCUGCUCUAUCAGCUAAGCCACACAAUCCUAACCUCACUCGAGUGCGUACCUGUGAUUGACAGUGAAUUUCUCUGACAAGUUACCGCACGAUUCGCAUUGAUCGCUCGUAUUUUCGUCGAAGGAAACUUGCAUAUCUAAGUACGCGGAAUAACAAGUGGGGUUACGUGACGCGAACGUACUGCAUGUUGCUGAAGUUACUUGAGUGAAUCGACAUGACGCCAUCACCUUAUGUCUCAAGAAUAAAUCAGAUCGAUGCUGCUGCACUGGAUGUUGAAAUUUACAAAUUACUGAAGGAUGAAACCAAGGAAAUUGCCAGAUACAGUGCACCAGGCAAGUUCGACAAAUGGCAGACAGAAAUCGACGUAAUACUGAAGAUUCUCAUCUGGAAGUUUUCUCUGCAACAUGGUAACUCCACAUUUGGCCAACGUCUGCUCAAUCUGCAUUAUGCUAAUCUCAAUCAGAAGAAGGCCAUACUUUACUUGCUUAUGACUGUUUUACCUCAAUAUGUGAAAGACAAGUUGGCCAAUGAGAAUCUCUCAGCUUAUGGUGGUACUGCCUACAGAUUGAAGUCAUUCAUUGAUAGAAUUUCGAACGUGAUUAGUCUUCUGCAGCUCAUCAACCUGCUCUUCUUCCUCCAUCGAGGCAUACAGCCGCGUGUGAUAGAACUUUUUUUAGGCCUGUCUACUCAGUCGAUAACGACAAACAAACCUCGAAAUAUCGGUUACUCGUACAUGACGAGGGAGCUGCUCUGGCACGGCCUGAUGGAACUGUUCACCGUCGGUAUACCCAUGAUAAACUUCCACUACCUGAAACACAUGCUGCGAAAGCUAUGGUGGUGUAGAACGGUGCAACAGCGAGACGUAAAGUUGUUACCGGUGAUGGAUUUGUCGACUAAAUGCGUUUAUUGCGAGGAAAAUCCGAUUCUACCAUCGCACGCCGACUGCGAGCACAUCUUUUGCUAUUACUGCUUGAAAGCGCACUUUUCCGCGAUGAAUACGUUUCACUGUCCCAAGUGCGACAUGAAGCUCUACAGCGACAACAUGAAGAGAUAUACAGUUGCGACGAAUACGAGCAACGUCACGGUGUUAAGUCUCAAGGGACCGACGUAGUGCAGUUCUACUGACAAUCGUACGUAACAUUUUUUAUUUUCAAUAAUACCGAAAGUGAAUGCGCGUUUGGUGGUGAAAGUAUAACGUGAUCUACGAAUGAAUGGUGUCUUAACUUAUAGACUGAUUUGGCCAAAAAGUUUCUAUGCAAUAAGUGAAAGAUUUAUUAUUAUUAUAUAAGGAUUAAAACUAUAUCUUCGGAAAGAAGAGAUUUUCUGUCCGACAAUUGUAUCAAUUUAUCGCGACGUAUAAAGCGAAGGUGUCGGCAAAGGUAUGACGUCGUACGAUAUGUCGCGUGUACGUUUAUAUUUUUUAUUAAAAAUAGCAAUACAAAAUCUCUUCUUUAUUCAUUUCAAUACAUCUUCCCGACUUCGGGCGCUCGACAUUCUAGCGUUUUCUUCCUCGCAACAAACAAACAAUAAUAAUAUUAAUAAUAAUAAUAAUAAUAGAUCGAUACGAUAUACCUCGUGGUUUAUCAAAAAAUUAUUUAGAUUAUCAUAUAAAAAUAUUAUGCUGUGCUGUAUAUUAUAAAACGCUCACCUGCCGUCGCAACGUCGACGGAUCGUAUUUAUGCGAGUAAUAAUUCACAUUCAUCACCAUUAAUUUAUCGUUUAGUUAGCUGGUUGCACCUGCUUGAUGGGCGGGUACGUCCCCGGAUUUAUUACGAAAUGACAUCAUAAGCACUAGCACAGAAAAAACACGUAACACACACAUAAAUUAACAUUUUCAUCCGCCUCCUACGAAAUUACAAAUUUCACUCGAGUUCAAACUUUUAUCGAUUUUUUUUUCUUUUUUUAUGUUUGGAAUGUGAUUUAUAAUACAAUUUAUAUAGCGCGACUGAGCAGAGUGAUUUUUCCAACGAAACCUUAUUCGAAAAUACCUCUUUGGAGUCUUCUCCAUUUCGCAAAAACCUUUUUUUUUUUGCAAAGAUCACGUUUCUAUUUCUAUUCGAGCUAUCUGUCUAACAUUUUUUUUUUUUAAUAGUAUAAACUCUGCUCUACUUUAAUAUUAAUCUUACAUCGCGACGUAUAUGGAGGAGUUCACCCCAAAAAUAAGGCGCACGGAAAAUACGACACACAAAUUAUGUGGUUUUAUUUUUAUUUAUUUUCAUAUAUUUUUCUUUAAUUUACUUUAGUUUACCUUUUCACCUUUUUUUAUCAAUUUUUACCUUUACAAAUUUUUUUAUAUUUUUUUCUUUACAUUAUGUAUCCAGAUGUAUACCACGCUGCCUUAAGAAAAAUGCAAAAGUUUUAUCUAUCGCUAUUAUUCGCGCGUUCUUUUCAGGGUAAACUCUUUAAUCAUCGGUUGUUAAUCAGCACUUUAAUGUCGGUACUGAAUUACCCUAAAUGUCCUUUCUGUAUCAAGGAGUUCGGCGAUUUCGUUUUCGCUCUCGCUUAGGCGAAAAGUACAACGAAAUUCUCAAUGAUUCUCUCUGAAGGAAGAGAGAAAGAAAGAAAAAGAGAGAGAGAGAGCGAGAGAGAGAGAGAGAGAGAGAGAGAGAGAACGUAACGCUGCGUAAUUAUCAUAUGCGAGGUAUUAGUUUUGCAUUCGAGGCUAUCGAUAUGUAGGGCGUAAUUUAGUGUAUGUACGGUACGUUACAGUUGUUUAAUUUAACGUGACACUCAACGUUCAUUCGGCAUGCUUCGAAAAGGGUCUGUACGUUCGUCGUAGCGGUAUCUGAAGGCAACACCGCGUCUAAAAAGGUCGAUGUAUAUACGCUAUAAUUUUCGAUUCGCUCGCGUUUUACUAUUCCUCGAUCUCGUUUUGCUAUUCUCUGAACUCAUCGUUCAGACGUAUAUAAAUAAAAUGAAGUAAGGCAUUGCGUGCACAACCACAGGUCGAUGGUCUACACCUUGCUCUUUUUAAGAAUUCAAGGAUAUUAAUCUUAAAGUUGAGACUUGUCUUAAAUGAUAUAACAAUUAAAUUGAGAUAUAGAUUAGGAUAAAUUCUCUUUGAUCAUUAGGCAAGCAAGACUAUACACCGAUUAGAUUUAAUUCAAAUGCAAUCUUCGCAAUUUCGAGAUUAAUUUUCUCUAGUCCUUGCAACUAUCGUAUUAGACGAUUUGAUUUUUUAGAUUUGAAAAGAAUGCUUCUUCAAUUUUAUAUUAUCGAGGAAGUAUGUAAAACGCAAUAGCGAAUCUGUCGUUAAAAUGAGGAGGGUGACAUCGUAAUUUGCGUAAUGAUACGAUUGUGUGCGCACUUGAAACACUAUUAAUAAUGCGUGAUAAUUUACAAUGCGUUCUCAUAAAUGUCGGUUCUGUGUCGCGUAACUACGGGCGAGGUCGUCAAUCGUAACCGUACAUACGCGUUGGCAUUCUUACGGUCCGUUUUCGCGACAAUGAAAAAGAUAGAAGUCUGUCAUGUAAUUUGCACGGGGCGCAAAAAGUGUCAAGUGAGCAGGGACUAGAAGAGAGAAUUCGUGAAAAUUCACGGUAAUUCAAUGUAUUGAAACUGUUUCAGAUAUGUCUCCUUCUCUCUUCCCAAUCAUCCUCUCUUCUUCUUUCUACCGUCCGACGAUCAUCGACGCAUCGAUUCGCGCAUCCAUCGAUAAUCAAGACGCUCGAGCGCUAGUUAGAAGCUUGUUGGUCGUUGUCUCUUUUUUCCUACGCGCGCGCGCGUUCCCCUCUUUAACACUAAUUUCCGCGAUUAUACCUAUAUACCCGUAUUCGCUAAAUCUCGCACGGGAUCAGUACAUAUUUACGUAGGAACAUUGACGGUCUUCUCAAGACUAAGAUACAUUCUAUGCAAAGAAAUCGUCGAGUCUCCUGACCGGCGAAGUGGACGAUCUCGUGAUACGACAUUACGUACGUUCUGUAUACAUACGGUAUGAUACAUACCGUAUAUAUAGAACGAGGUCACGUAUUUGCGAAAAUCUCAAGAAGCAGAGAAAAAGCCGCGAGAUUCAGGCGAAUCUAAUAUUCUCGAGCUAAUAUUCGAGAGAAUAAUACCUUUUACCCAUUCUGCUUCUCUCUGAUAUAUUUUGAAAUAUGCAACCGUAAAAAUCGGUUAUCGUCUCGACGAGACGCGAUCUUUCACCGGACAGAACUUCUUUUGCAACAACGAGUGAUAUCACAACUUAUCGCGAUAUAACGUUCCAUCGCUGCCACGAAAUUAUUAUUAUUUUCCACCCUCUGUGAAGACGCAGGAUCUGAGGUGCAUGUGUAAUUGCAGGUGUAACUGUGUAAUGUGGAUUUCUCACGUGAGAAUACGAUGUACCUCCUCCAUCCACGCGUACACACGUACACGCACAUAUACGCACGCUCACGCGUGUUUUUGUAAUUAACUGCUCGGUCCUCGAGUAAACGAUCGCACUCGAGGAACCGUAGGAGCUUUCCAUUUCAAAUCAUCAUUGAACGAAAACGAAAAACGGAUAACAGAAUCGGACAAUCCAAUAUUAUAUCACACGUAGUUUUUUGCGAACACAUAUCUUCGUAAUGUUCCGAUCACUCGCGAGCGCGCACAAACGACAAUAAUUUACGCUUAAAAAGACUUCGCAAGAACUUA